UGUUAUUGUUGGGAGGGCAACGUUAACGCGCGUCUGCUGCCAAUUCAACUAGGAAAGAGCUCAAGUCACGUGAUGGCCAACCCGGAAAUACAGCAACUGCACGCAAAAGGGCGACAGACGGCGAACUUUUUGAACUUUUAGAACAACAAAAAAAGUGUAAUUUUAUCAGUGCUUAUGUUCAAACUGCAGCCAAAGUUGGACUUUCGCCGAGAUGUGGAGGCUCACGUCCUCGGGAAGGAGGCGGCGGUGUGUGGGGUGAAAGACUACUGUGGUGCAUUGGAUAUUUUAAUCAUCAACAUUGAGCGUGAUGGGGGAAUCCUUUACUCCUGGAAGGGGUCAACUGGGACCACCAGAGUUGGCAAGUAUGACUCAGCCACCAAGCAGAAUAAGCUCCUGUACAGCUUUGACAAGCCAGUGUGUGUCAGCAGCUGCUCCCUAAACAAGGAGGAGACGUUAUUAGCUGUCAGUUUGGCACGGAACAACAGCGGCGAGGAGCCCCUCAAACCAAUGUCCAAGUGCCUGACGCUCCUGAUUGAGAUCCAUCCCAUCAACAACACCAAGGUGCUGAAGGCGGUGGACUGCAGGGUCAAAGUGCAGUUCCUUCAUCCGGGAACUGACCACAGAUCAGUGCUGGAGAGCCACCUGCUGCUGCUGACUGAAGACGGAUAUGUGGACCAGUACCAUGUUCUGAUGACCAGACAUGGAGGCUACAAAGUGCUGAUGGCCAAUCCUGAGCGUCUGUCCAAAACAGCCGAGCGUCUUGCGGAGGACUUGUGCUGGGUCCAAUGGGACGUUCACACGCAGAGACUCUACUAUCUCACCCACGUGGACAAGUUCCUGCUGCGGUGUGUGCAGUUCUACGACAACCGCAACUGUGAAACCGUGCUGGAGCUUCCAUUAGAGCUGCAUGCCCAUCCCUUCACCACCAUCAAGUUCGUCAACCUUGGUUUUGACCACUUUUACGUGGAGAGGCCAGAGCGAGUCCAGAUGGAAGUAUUCACAAACAGAAUAGGAAGCAUGUGCGUGUGCUACAGCCGGCCUUCUUGCGACAAACCGGAGCUGAUCUACACGGUGGUUUUAGUGCACAAAGACUGCAGCAAGACUUUCCGGAUUACUCUGGGCGACACCACCCGGCGACAUCCGCUCUUCAUCCCCAUAGGCUACUACAUGGUGGUGUAUCUGCACGCCUGCUUCCUGCACUGCAUCAACACCAGGCAGCAGGAGAUGCUCUGCCACUCCCUAUUCCUGUCUGGCAACAAUGCCGACUUAGGCCUCCCGGCCAAGUCCGGAAGGUUGACAGUGAUGCACGCAGAGGAGGAGGAGUCCAGCCCAGCCUUGUUGGACCUAUCCAGCGGGACUAUUUACAGUGUCCAGAUCAACCCGGCUUACUUGAUGCAGAUCCUGCGAUCGGAUCCGCCUUUCAGCAGUAUGGCUGACGCUCAGCGUUUAGCCGCCCUUCACUGCCUGCUUCUUCACAAGGGAAGUGACCCAAACGUAGAGCUGGAGAUUAUUGAAUGGUUGUGUGACAACGCAACACUGGAGUCCUUUGACCAGAUCCAGGAGUUCAUACUCGCAUCCUUGUACAGAAUAAACUACAAGAUGUCCCUCGGUCUGGAUAAGUUGCUGCCCUGCUCCUCCGUGUUCGAUAAGAAGGACGUCCCUGCGUGUCUGACGGAGGUUCCCGGUGUGCUGUGCACCGCCGAGCCGCUCGCACAUCCCGUCUUCCAGGGAAAGGCCAGGAGCCUCCAGGGCUUCUGGUCCGAGCUGCAGUGGAACACGGAGAGGACCACAUUUUUCCACGCCGACCCCAACCCGAGAUACAGGACUUCGCACGCUCAGGCCGACUGGACAAAACUGGUCACUGCCAGACCGUCCGGUCACAUGACUCACCUGUUGGACAACACUAAGAAAGUCCUUUCCACGGUGGACAACUGGCGUCACGACGGGAAGCUGGUGCCGCUUUUCCAGGAGGAGGACCACCACCAGAGGGUGCUCAUCGGCCUGACGGUGGAGAAGCUGCGAGAGCAUCUGAACACACACCUGCCUCGACUGGGCAAGAAGAAGAUAGACGUCCUGGUGGUCAACUACGUAGCCAAACUGUUGGAGCUGAUCAGACACAUGCUGGAGACAGUCUGGCUGAAACACAGCCUGGGCCCGCGUGUUCUGUGCCUCACGCAGCCGGCCGGUCCUGGCGAGUGGGCCGUGUUUCACUUCAUGCUUCGGAUCCUGCAAGCCACCAGGGGGCUCUGCGCGCCCCUCCCACCGGGUUAUCACACCCUGCUAGCGGCGUUUGCCGUGCGCUGCCUGCCUCGUCACACUUUCCUGCAGUAUGUCGACCACGGAUUUCUGCGGCUUACAGAAACCUUUGUGUCUCGACUCAUGACAGAUUUUGACAACAGUGACGCCAAUGAGAAGCUGAAGUUCAGUGUAUUGAAGAGACUUCCUGAGGCCAACAGAUUCUACCAUAUGUGGGAUCAUCCUGUCAGUUCGGCUUCCAUCUGCAGAGAUUAUGUCAGGAAUGUGUUGGGGAGACGCGACAGAAACAAGGGAUUUGCGUUCACCGGCAGAGACAAAGCCGGCUUCAGACCAGAGUUUCUCCCUCUCACACACCUGGCCAAAGUCCUGUCAGAUGUAGAAGAACAAGCUCUGAACCCCUUCGACGAACAAGAGAACGUGGACGCCACAUUUGUGGGGGAGACGGCUCUGAAGCAGACACUAAUUCUGCUGGGGUUUGAGGGAAAAUGACAAGGAUGUGACAGACGGAGACUGUUGGAAGACAAGUAGACACCUGGUGCCAUGGACCGACAGGCUGGUGGACUUUGACAUCCCAGAAGUGGUGAAAAACACAUAAUUGCGUCAACUUUUUUUUUAACCCUUCAUGAUGUGAUCGAAUCCUUAUCUAAAAGGAAUUAUGUAAGCGCCCCGUCGGUCGGCAUCCCAACAAGAGUGGAAAUAUUACAUUAAGUGUUGUUUAUUAUGGUGUAUUAUAGUUAGUUUGUAUGUUUAGCACCUAGCAAUAGUGUUACAAUAAAGCUGCAUCCGUUUAGUACUCGGCUUGUAAAACUUAUUGCUCAUCCUCUUUGUAUUCGGGCUCAAAAAUAUAAGGUUUUGCAUCAUAAUUUUCCGAAAAGUAUUCGUUGUUGGCUCUCAAAGUCUCAUUGAUUAGCAAUUGUUAUUGAUAGGGAAGGGAUCCGCGAUUCCUAACACCAGGUCACGGAUCACGCAACUGGCUUCUUCAUUAACUUUCAAAAAGGCCCGGGAAUCUCUGUGAGAUUGAUACUAUGUUGAUCAUUUUCUAUAUGUUCGCAAACAUUGUAAGUCUUUUGGUGUCAUAAAUCAGAUACUGUAUAUGAGAAUAGCUUCAAUAUAGAGGCAACUUGUUUUUCCACUCUACUGGUACUUUAAUUUAAAAGUGAAAAUGAAAAUACAGCUUUACCACAUUAGUCAACAUUUUUGAGCUUCAGAAUAGCUCCAAACUUUUUGUCCCAAAAGGGACAAGCGGUAGAAAAUGGAUGGAUGAUAUUGUCAUUACUGCCACAAGUACCACUGCGGCCCAUACGGACCACAGCUGUUUUAUAGCCCAACAAUGGUUAAAAAAACACUGUUUUAUAUUAUGUAAUUUUUCCAAAAAUAAAAAUCAGUUAAAGUAAUAAUAAAUAUUUGACAGGUCAUACCAUUUUUCCACAAACACUGAGACUUAGUUUAAGUAAUAUUGCUAAAUAUAUAUAACAUCCUACACAAAUGAAUGACACCUAAUGGAAGACAAACACUAUUAUUUUAUAUGAAUAAUUAAUGACAGUCAAUUGAAGUAAUAUUAACUAGUAAUGACACCUAAGUGAUAUACACAUAAACAAUUUUCCACAAGUAAAUAUUAACACUUAAUUGAAGUAAAAAAAAAAAAUCUACAAAUAUUGACAAAUGACCAAAGUGAUAUUAAAUUAUUAAUUUUCUACAAACACUAACACGUAUUAAAUAAAUCAAAAAUGUUUACCACAAAUAAAUAUUGACACUUAAUUGAAUUAAAAAUAAAUAAAAACAUUUUCACAAAUAAAUAUUGAGAUUUAAUUGAAAAUAAAUAAAUAAAUAAUGACAAAUAACCAAAAUUAUUAAUUUUCUACAAAUAAAUGACACUUAUUAAAGUAAAAAAAACAAAAAAUGUACCACAAAUAAAUAUUGACACUUAAUUUAAGUAAAAAUAAAAAAUGUUGCACAAAUAAAUAAUGACACUUAUUGAAGUAAAAAAAAAUGUUUUUACCACAAAUAAAUAUUGACACUUAGUUUAAGUAAAAAUAAAUACACAAUAACGACAAAUGACCAAAGUAAUACAUCAAAUUAUUAAUUUUCUACAAAUAAAUAAUGACACUUAAAGUUAGAAUUUUUUUUUUCACCACAAAUAAAUAUUGACACUUAAUUUAAGUAAAAAUACAUAAUCAAUUUUCCACAAACAAAUAUUGAGACUUAAUUCAAGUAAUAUUAAUAUAUAAUUUUCUACAAAAUCAAAAUAAAUAGACACCUAACCAAAUGAAUAGUAUAUACAUACUGUAUAUAUGUAUAUAUAUAUACAUAGAUCCAUUUUCUACCGCUUGUCCCGUUCUUAGUUUAAGUAAAAAUAAAUUAAAAAUUUUCACUAAUAAAUAUUGAGAUUUAAUUGAAAAUAAAUAUUGACAAAUGACAAAAUUAUAAAUUUUCUACAAAUAAAUAAUGACACUUAUUAAAGUAAAAAAACAAAACAAUUUACCACAGAUAAAUACUAACACUUAAUUAAAGUAAAACUAAAUAAAACAAUUUCCACAAAUAAAUAUUGAGACUUAAUUGGAGUAAAAAAAAAUCCACAAAAAAAUAUUGACAAAUGACCAAGUAAUAUUAAACUAUUACUUUCUACAAAUAAAUAAUGACACUUAUUGAAGUAAAAAAAAAAGAAAGUUUUUACCACAAAUAAAUAUUGACACUUAGUUUAAGUAAAAAUAAAUACAGUUUUCCUAAAAUAAAUAAUGACAAAUGACCAAAGUAAUACAUCAAUCAAUCAAUCAAUCAAUCAAUGUUUAUUUAUAUAGCCCUAAAUCACAAGUGUCUCAAAGGGCUUACAUCAAAUUAUUACAUUUUCUACAAAUAAAUAAUGACACUUAAAGUUAGAAUUUUUUAUUUUUUUUUACCACAAAUAAAUAUUGACACUUAAUUUAAGUAAAAAUAAAUAAUCACUCUUCCACAAACAAAUAUUGAGACUUAAUUCAAGUAAUAUUAAUAUAUCAUUUUCUACAAAAUCAAAUUUUUUUUUCAAAAUAGACACCUAACCAAAUGA